AUGAGUGUGUGGUGUGUGUGUAUAUAUAUAUGGUUUUGGCUAGUAGUCUGUGUCAAGGAGCUUGUGUUGAACCAACAAUGGGGAAAGAGAGUGGCAAAGUUGUGGUUUUGGAUUUCUGGGCAAGUCCUUACGCGAUGAGGACGAAGAUUGCGCUGAGGGAGAAAGGAGUUGAGUUCGAGGUUCAAGAGGAAGAUCUGUGGAACAAGAGUGAGCUUUUGUUGAAAUCAAACCCUGUUCACGAGAAAGUCCCUGUUCUUAUCCACAACAACACACCAAUCUCUGAAUCCCUUGUCCAGGUUCAGUACAUCGAUGAGACGUGGACCGAGGGUGCCUCUUUCUUGCCCACUGAUCCUCAAUCUAGAGCCACUGCAAGGUUCUGGGCUGACUUCGCUGAUAAAACGAUAUCAUUUGAUGGAGGAAGAAAGAUUUGGGGAAACAAGAUAGGAGAAGAACAAGACAAAGGCAUAAAAGAGUUUCUUGAGAGCUUGAAGGCUCUUGAAAAUGAGCUUGGAGACAAAUCUUACUUUGGAGGAGAGACCUUUAGUUAUGUAGAUAUAGCUCUUGUCCCUUUCUACAGUUGGUUCUACGCACUCGAGGAAUGUGGUCACUUCUCUGUCGAAGCUGCAUGUCCGAAGAUCGUGGCUUGGGGAAAGAGAUGUGUUGAACGCAAAAGUGUUGCUGAUUCAUUGCCUGAAUCUGAGAAAGUUUAUCAACAGGUCCUUAAGCUCAGACAGAUUUUUGGUGUUGAAGAAUGUAGUAAACACUAAAAACAUUUCUGUAAUGUUUUCAGUUUUCUUUCUUUGUUUAUCGCUUUGCGCAUGCUUCUUGAGAAAUAAUGAAGUUUUUUUUUUCAGGUGUAUGUAUGAUUCAUCUGUUUAAAUGGUCUAUGAAUGUUUUAUGUUCUAUACUUGUAUUUUUCCAAAAAAAAUGUAUACUAUCAGCAGUCA